UUGUACGGUUCAUUGAGUGCAAGAGCGCUCCGCCGGGACACUAGGUCCGGCCUAUAUUCCCUUCAUUCCUCCGCGGCUAUUCAGUAGCUUUUCCGUGAAGGAUUUUAUUGCAUAUAAAGCUACAGACUAUAAUUAGGCAUAAUCACUAUGAGAGUUUUCAUUCAACAUUUGUCGAAUAAGUUUUGGCGCGAGUUACGCGGAGGAAUUACGGCAGUACAUCGGCCUUUAAAAUUAAAUGGUCUUUAUCAGUCACCACAGACCACACCCACUGCCAGCUUCUGUCCGCGUGGGCUCCGACAUGCCGCAAGGAGGAUCUGCGGGUUUUCAACGUUUUUUUAAAUAAUUUUAUAAACAGUUGUUUUAGAUUGACCGACGGUUUCCAUCGAUUUUAUUCGCCAUAGUGUUUGGAAAAAAGGUUCCGCGAAGAUGUUGCAGGCUUGUUCUCCAUCGCACGAUUGGUUCUGCGACUCCGAGCCGCUGCUGUUUGACGAUGAGUUUUGCCUGAGUCUCAUGAAGGACUUGCAGUCCAUCCCCACGCCACCUCAGUCCCCUCCGAUGAAAGCCGGGCUCGCAAAGAGUUUAUCCACGGUGGAUCAGCUGGAGUUAGUAUCUGAACUUUUAAUAGACGACAGCGACUUUCUCCAACUGGACUGGAACUUUACCGGCAGCGCUUCAGCAGCGGAUUCGGAUCCGCUCUCGGAGGACUGCCUGUGGCAAAGCGACAAACCGAUCGAGGAUAAACUCUCUGCGGUGCUCUCCACAAGUCCCUUGCUCUCCGAUAUUGACACUGAGAUUUUUGCCGAAAUCGCCGGCUCUACGCUGGACUGCCACAAUGUGGCGCUCGCCUGUCAGGCUCUGGAGAGCGAGGGCUUACCGCUGGGCAGCCAGGAGCAGAUCGAGUCCACGUCUGAUUAUGGCUCACUGUCCACUGGAGGAGAAUCAUCUACAAGCGAUUCUGAGGAGGAGAUUGAUGUUGUGACUGUCCAGCGGUCGAACACACUGACGCGCUCUCAACACCAGCAGCAGUUGGAGGACAGUCGGCGUGAGCAGCAGCGUGCUCUGAAGCGCUGUCACUUAGAAAUCCAACAACAGCACAACUACGCCGCCCCACGGCCCGCCUCUCCUCCGCCCCUGCCCUCCCCUUGUUCCACGCCCCUUCUCAAACGCUCCCGAGGGUCCGGAGACUCCCACCGAAGCGCUCCGAAUACGGGACGCUCUCGCAGUCUAGCAGCCCGACAGGGGGCGGACACUGAGGACGAGGAAGAGAGACGGAGGACUCACAACGUGAUGGAGAGACAAAGGCGCAACGAGUUAAAGAACUGCUUCCUUAGGCUACGGGACAACGUCCCUGAACUGUCCAAUAACGACAAGGCGUCCAAGGUGGUGAUUUUAAAGCGGGCUAAAGAAAGCAUCAGAAAUCUGGAAACGGAGAACCAGAGACUAAAGCAGAAGAGAGAGAAACUUCGAGAACGACAAGAACAGCUGAAAGCCAGACUGGAGCAGCUCAAGAGGUUGUGAGGGUCUGGGACUAAA